CUCUUGAGAGUCAGAGAGAGGGAGAGAGAGAGAGGCAGAGAGAUAGUGCUUUAAGAUUAAUACAUAGUACUAAGGAGUUUAAUCUUGAUUAAUGGCCUCAUCCACAUCACUUUUGGAGGAUUAUCUUCAGUGUCCUGUGUGCCGUGAUGUCUUCAGGGAUCCCGUGCUCCUGAUGUGUUCUCACAGCUUCUGCCGGCUCUGUCUGGAACAGUUCUGGCAACACACAGAGUCUCCCACGUGUCCUCUGUGCCGAACGAGCUCUUCAGUGAAUCGUCCUCCGUGUAAUCUCGCUCUGAAGAACCUGUGUGAGGCUUUCGUACAGGAGAGCAACCAGACAGCUUCAGGUGGAGUGGAGAUCCUCUGUGCACUGCAUAACAAGAAGCUCACACACUACUGCCUGGAGGAUAAACAGCCUGUGUGUGCGGAGUGUCAAACCUCAAAAAUACACGAUAAGCACUGCUUUAAACUGCUCGAUGAAGUGGCAGAGGACCUGAAGUUGGACUUGAAAAGAAAACUGGCACCACUGAAGGAGCGACUGAAACUCUUCAGAAAUGCAAAACACACUUGUUUUGAAACUGAGCAUUAUAUUAAGAGUCAGGCCCACUGCACCGAGUCUCUGAUCAGGAGGGAGUUUGAGAAGAUUCACCAGUUUCUUUGGGAUGAAGAGGCCUCUAGAGUGUCUGCUCUGAGGGAAGAAGAGAAGCAGAGAGCUAACGCAGCCAUGAUAAAGAUGAGCCAAAUUAGCAGAGAUGUUUUAGACCUCUCUGACAAAAUUACAGCUAUUGAGGAAGCUAUAGAAUCCAACAGUAUUUCAUUUCUGCAGAACCAUGAAGCUACUGUGAGAAAAACUGAGUGUGAUCUGAAGGAUCCUGAGAUCAGCUCUGCAUCACUGAUUGACGUGGCAAAGCAUCUAGGCAACCUGAAGUUCAGAGUGUGGGAUAGGAUGCUGAGUAUUAUCAAAUACACUCCUGUUAUCCUCGACCCUAACACCGCUCACCCCUGUCUGCACCUGACUGACAAUCUGACCAGAAUGGAGCUUCAUAACAGCAGUCCAGAGCAUCCAGUGAACCCUUUGAGAUUCAAUGACUACUCAAGUGUCCUAGGCUCUGAGGGUUUUGAUUCAGGUAAACACUGCUGGGACAUCGAGGUGGGAAACAGCUCAGCCUGGGCGGUCGGUGUAAUCUCAGAGUCUGCGUACAAGCACAGAGAAAUCCUCUCAAAGCAAGGUCUAUGGCAUAUAGGAUACUACAAGGGGAAAUACGGGCAAGGCUUGUCUGAUGAGAUGCUUACUCCUAUCAACCUGAAAGAGAAACUCCAGAGGAUCCGAGUGCUGCUUGACUGGGACGAAGGCUGUGUCUCGUUCUUCGAUCCUGUCAAUGAUACUCAUGUGCAUACCUUUGUACACACGUUCACUGAGCGAGUGUAUCCAUACUUCUGUAACGCCUGCCCUGAUAAUGCUCUGAGAAUAGUCCAAGUGGGACUCUCUAUUACUGAGGAGUAGUAUGGAUGUAAAACAACUUUCAUAAUUCUAAAUAGAGCUAAUUGCCUCCCAGUGAAUGUUGUUGUUGUCAUUUUGGUGUGUGACAUAACAAGACCUUCUUUUAUACACUUUAAGUGACAUUUAUUUGGCAGUACUUUCAAGUUCAGUGUUAAAAGGACCCACUCAAUGUGAAUAAGGAGCAACGUGAAAUAUAUAUAUAUACAUACAUACACUGUGGGCUCCAAAAUCUGAGACCAUAUUUAAAACUCAGACUAAACAGAAAGGUUUUGAAUUUCGAAAAAUUGAAAACAAAGAAACCAAAUGUUUGUGAUAGUGAGCAUGUUAACUCUCACCCCUUCCACUGAAGCACAUGUUUAAAUGACAUUCCUAUGGAUAUGAUCAAAGAUGAAUCAUCAUAUUUUACACAAACCUGUGAAGUCCAUACUAAAAACCCAACCAAAAAAGA